AUGAGCAGCAGCAACCCGCAAUUCUUUUCCUCGUCGAUGCGUCGACACCCGGCCAGCUUGCUGCCAAAGAUUUGCCACAACCCAGCCAUCCUUGACCUCGUCAAGUGCCCCGUCUCGAGAGAAAUGGUCGUGUACCUCGCGCAGCAAGCGGCGCACGUCAUGCCAUACGCCCAUACGGAGGCCAUCAUCACACCGCCAACGACGCCAACCAAGUCGGUCGCGAGCGCUGAAGCUGACCCGGCCGGCAAGCUCGAGAUCCACGGUCUUCCUAGUCUUGAGACGUUCAUUGCCAUUCUCGUCGACAAGAGCAACGUCCAGGUUCCUACGCUUCUCUGCACUCUCAUCUACCUCGAGAGGCUUCAAAAGAAGCUGCCGAUGCAAGCGAAGGGGCUUCACUGCACGCGUCACCGUCUUUUUCUCGCUUCGCUCAUCUCAGCCGCAAAGUACCUCAACGACUCGUCGCCCAAGAACAAGCAUUGGUGUCGAUACGCCGCCCUGUUCAGCCAGGCCGAGGUCAACUUGAUGGAGAAGCAGUUCCUCGCCCUCCUCGACUACGACCUCCGCAUCGAAGAGCACGAGCUCAUGGUGCACUUCGCUCCCUUCUUCCGAAGGCGCGAAGAAAAGGCCGAGGCUGGCCGACGUGCCAUGACGCUCCGCGGCUGCUUUGCUGGCCAGGAGAUGGAGCGAUACUCGCGUGCGUCUGAGCUCCGCGUCUUCCUCCGCAAGCAGGCCGAAGAAGACAAGGCUCGACGAGAGGAAGAGCACAAGCGACAGCUUCUCUACGCGCAGCAACAGCAGCAAGAGGGCAUGUACGGCUCAGAGACCUGCUACGCUGACGCGCCACCGUCACCAAUCUCACCGAAGGAGUCGGAUCGGUACCACUCGUCGUCGUCAGCAUCGUCUUCGAGCCGUGUCUCGGGCGCCAUGAUGCACCGUCAGCGCUCGAUGGACUCGAGCAGCAGCACCUCUGAAGCCGACCUUACCGAUGACAACGGCUCCUCUGGCUCCUCUGCUGAAGACUUCGACGGCGAAGAAGAGGAUGAUUACUACGUCCAGGAGGGUCUCGAAGAGCGAAUGCAGCAGCACGCUUCUAUCAAUGCCAAGGCGCCAUCGGCAUCUAAGCGUGUCGUCUCGGCCGUCGACGUCGACCUGAUGAGUCAGGUCGAUGCCAGGCUCGCCGCUGUGGCCGCUGCCAACCACAACGGUCAGUCUCACGAACGUUUAAGCCACCGCAUCGUCAACGCUACUGGCAUGGUCAAGAGCCAGACGUCGUCGAGCAUGUUCAGUCGCCAACAGCAACAGGCGCAACCGACGAAGGUGCGACAGAGCAGGAGCAGCUCCAACCUCCUCUCGAGGAUGCUCUCCUCGUCGCAUUGA